AGCGACUCGGCACCUUCCGACUCCUUGCUUCUGAGCCGUCAUUGAAUCUUCGAAUUAGGGUCAAGAUGAUCAACUAUGUGAUGCUGGUCAGCCGGCAAGGCAAGGUCAGACUGGCCAAGUGGUUUCAAACCCUUCCACCGAAAGCAAAGGCCAAGAUCGUCAAGGACGUCACACAACUGGUCUUGGCUCGUCGAACACGGAUGUGUAACUUUUUGGAAUACAAGGACACCAAGAUCAUCUACCGGCGAUAUGCUUCCCUGUUCUUCAUUUGUUCAAUCUCCCCGAGCGACAACGAACUGCUUACGCUGGAGAUCGUACACCGAUACGUCGAAGUACUGGAUCGCUACUUUGGGAACGUUUGUGAACUGGAUCUGAUCUUCAACUUUCAAAAGGCUUAUGCUAUUCUGGACGAGCUGAUUAUCGGCGGAGAGAUACAAGAAUCGAGCAAGAAAGCCGUACUACGAGUCGUUGCCCAGAGCGAUACGAUCGAAGAAGCCGAGAUUCAGGAAGAUUCGCUGGCAAGAUUGGGAAGUUACGGCAACAUGGCGGUGAAUUUGGCCCGUGGCUGAGAUCAUUACCAGAAUCAAGUC